AUGCGAUCCUCUCACCAAUUCGUGCGCAACAACUUGUUGCGCUCGCAUACAGCAGCCAAGUCUCUAUCACAGUCAAGAUCCGCACCAUGGCAGAGGUCGUAUAGCAGCAAGGCAGCGCCGGCACUCUCUGGCAUUGACCCCUCGAAGCUUACCAUAACGCCAACGACCGCGCCGAAGGAAUUGAUCCCAAAUAAAGAGCUCGUGUUUGGAAAGACUUUUACUGACCACAUGCUUUCCAUUGAAUGGACUGCUUCCGAGGGCUGGUUCGCCCCUCGUAUUACUCCAUAUCAAAACCUGAGCCUCGACCCUGCAACCUGCGUGCUACACUAUGCCUUUACUUGUUUCGAAGGAAUGAAGGCGUACAAGGACAAGGAGGGCAGAAUUCGUCUAUUCCGACCCAACAAAAACAUGGAGCGUCUGAACCAGUCUGCGGCGCGUAUUGCGCUCCCAACAUUUGAUGGCGACGCCUUUACCAAAUUGAUUGCCGAAUUUGUCAAGAAGGAUGGCAGUUUCAUUCCAAAUGAAAAGGGCUAUUCGCUCUACCUGCGACCCACGCUGAUCGGUACUCAGCCUACAAUCGGCAUCGCCCCCCCAGGUUCAGCGCUCCUCUACUUGAUUGCCAGUCCCGUGGGCCCUUACUACCCGACGGGGUUCAAGGCUGUGUCCUUGGAAGCGACCGACUACGCAGUUCGCGCAUGGCCCGGCGGUGUUGGAGACAAGAAACUCGGCGCCAACUAUGCACCCUGCGUCGUUCCCCAACAAGAAGCAGCCUCUCGAGGCUACCAGCAAAACCUGUGGUUGUUCGGCGAGGAGGAGUACGUGACCGAGGUCGGAACGAUGAACCUCUUCAUGGCCAUCAAGAACAAGGAAACCGGACAAAACGAGCUCUUGACCGCGCCCCUCGACGGAACUAUUCUUAGAGGCGUUACAAGAGACUCUGUCCUCGCAUUGGCGCGGGAACGACUCGUCCCCGAAGGGUGGGCAGUCGCAGAGCGCAAGGUGCGCAUGACUGAGCUCGCUGAAGCAUCCGCCGAGGGCCGUCUCAUCGAAGUGUUUGGCGCUGGAACGGCAGCCAUUGUCAGCCCCAUUCGCAAUAUCAGCUACAAGGGCAAGGUGGUGAAUUGUGGGCUCAAGGACCACGAAGAAACGGGAGAAGUCGCGCUUCGCAUGAAGAACUGGAUCGAGGGCAUCCAGUAUGGCGAGGAGGAGCACGAAUGGAGGUAA